AUGCCCAAGCAGAACGGCCGUCCCACCGACAGCCCCGAGGUCAGAGCCUCCAAGACUCUUGCUUACAUUCUGAGACAUGGCGCUGAGAAGGAGGGACUGGCAAUCCGGUCUGACGGGCUCGUCAAGUUGGCCGACGUCAUGGCCAGACCGAAAGUCAAGGACAUUGACGAGAGCACCAUCUUCCGGCUUGUAGCAGACAAUUCGAAGAAGCGUUUUGCUUUGGUCUGGGGCUACGAUCCAUCGCCGCCGAAGCCGAAGAAGCGGAGCCAGCCCAAGAAGACGAAGACCGCGGCCAUAGCCGAGAGCGGUGCGGUCGAGGAGGUGACCCGGGCUUUGCAGGUGAUCUCGGUGGAGCCGGAGUGGAAGGAACUCGAGUUUAUCAAGCUGUCGCCUCCCCUAAGCGCUUUCCCUGACCCCGAGCUUGUCGCCGCUUACGAAGGAGGAGAGGUUGAUGGGCAGUCUGACGAGAGGGCUGAGUGGUUCAUCCGUGCAGUGCAGGGGCACACCCUCAAGCUGGACAGCGGUCAUCUCGAAGAGUUGAUCGACGAUGAGAACGGCAGGCAGAAGGCGGGUCUGCUAGUUCAUGGGACCAAGUGGCAGCUCUGGGAUACGAUCAGUGCGUUAGACACGCAAGCACCUGCUGACAGCUCAGGGGACACGGGUCUGAACAAAAUGCAGCGUCAGCAUAUUCACCUCGCCCCGGCUCUCACGGGAAGAAUAACCCCUCGCAACCAGUCGUCUCUCCUCGUGUACCUCGACAUGCCUAAAAUGCUUGCCGCUGGGAUCCCUGUCUACGUGGCUCAGAACGGUGUCGUGCUCACUCCGGGUAAAGAAGGAGUAGUCACGAACCAUUUCUUCAGGAAGGUGGUCAGCAUCAACCGGGACAAAAGGCGAGUCAUCUGGGAAAACGGCGCUCCUUCAGAUCGCGAUGAGCAGCCUGACGAGGACGUUGUUUGA